AUGAAAGCGAAAUUGAACACCGUGCCGCGGAAGGCGCGGAAGAGCAUCUCUUUCAACGCGAACCGCAACAAGGUGCGCUUCAUACGUGUCCCUCCACGCUCGCAGAACGGCAAGUUCUGGUUUACGGAGACGCAGCGCAUUGUAAAGAAGGGGCUUAACUUUGAGGUGGAGCCGGAGAUCAUGAUCGAAGUCAACAUCGAGUGUAGGAUGCAGAUCACAACUUUGGCCCGCAGGCCGGUGUCUCAGUUGGGCAAGGCGCCAGCAACGAACGGCAUCGCCGGUGCUGCCGCCUCCUCGUCCGCUGCUUCGGUGGCAAAGCGUAGCUACAUUGAGAUGGAGGAGACCAACCCACUCUUUCUGCCAGAUGCGCGGAAGCGUGAUCGGUGGCAGUGCAUCGGCUCCGUCGGUGCGGGGGAGAUGUCGAAAGUCAGGGUUGUGAUGCCGCCUGGCAGCUACCGCAUGCGGUGCAUUGGUGGGGACGUGGUGCAGAUCUUUGCACAGGCCUGGGACAUUGAGCGAGAGUUGAUUUAG